AUGGUUUUACGUGGUAUGAGAGGAGGGUACCAUACUCGCGGUGGUAGUACGCGAGGCACCGGUCGAAGCUCGUACCAUGGCGGAAGUGGUUACCAUUCGAACCACAACAGCAGCAGCUAUGACAACAGGAACGACACGCGAAACAGUCGGUAUAGCAGCAGCGGCGGUGGCGGCGGCUAUGAUUCCCGAAACUCGCGGUAUGAUUCCGACUCAAGGUACUCGCGGCAUGACAGCCGCAAUGACGGCUACAAGCGAUCCAACUCGUCGAAGUACGAGGAUAAUCGCGACCGCCGUUCGCCGGACCGCAAGCGCCCACGAAGCGAACACAACACGCAGGGAGGAAGCUCGAGGCGCGACUAUAGCAGCAGCAGUACCAGCGGCGUUGGAGGUCGUGGCGCAUCAUCAUCCAGCCGUUACCACGAGGGAGGCAGCUCCAGCUCGUCGUAUGACAAGCGGGGCAGCAACGAUCAUCACUCCUCGACGUCGACUGGCGGAGACGGAGGCAGCAGCUCCAGCCGGAACAAGUUCGAUCAUCAUCGUAGCAGCAGCAGCGCCAGUCGCAGCCACGGUGGUGGCGGCGAUUCCGGUAGUUCUUACAGGUCUAGGGACAACCACUCUUCCAGCAUGGGACCGCCACGGUCGGUGGCGAUGCGGACUAACAACACCAGCACCGGGCGUUCGAUGAUGCGCCCCCCAAUGGGUGGGAGCAAUCGACCGCUCGGUAUGGGCGGUAGUUCGUACAUGGGUGGCGGAGGACUUCAUCGCCGGGGAACUACUAUGCGGGGACGAAUCUCGCACUACCGCUCCGAUGGACGGCGUGGCAUGCUGCCGUCGCGCAUGAUCGGCGCGCACCAUCGGCGAACGGAUAUGCGGCCGAUGACUAUGCACAACCGUCGGUUCCCUUCCAUCAGGGGCCGUGGGGACAUCCGCAGUCGCAUCAUGAGUGGCGGUAGUGACAUGGGAUCGAAGCGUUCGAUGGACAGCACCGUAAAGAUAUCCAAAAAAACUCUCAUCAAGCGUGCCCUGCAGGCAGCUAAGGAUGGAUACGAGGAAUCUCCAUCCGACAAUGAAGACGACGACGAUGAGGACGAUGAUGGGGAUGAUGUCGAUGCGGAACCAUCGCGAGCCAAAAAGGCUAAGAAAACUGACGCGAGCCUCGCAGAUGAUGACGAUCAUAUUAAAAAGGAAAAGGAAGAAAUGUGGGAUGACGACGACGACGAUGAAGAUGUAAAGCCAAAAUCAACCCGUAACGAUGACGAUCGUGACGAUGAUGACGACGACGCAAACACAACCGGCGCUACAGCCGAUGAAGGAGACGUGGAAAAAGAAGACGUAAAAGUGCAAAGCGUGAUUAAGAAGAAAGUAAUCAAAAAGGAGGACGCGAAGGACAAAUCCGAGGAUCGUAAGACAUCGGACGAAAACGACCAGAAGCGUUCGACAAAGAUCAACACCAAGUACCGCACGUCGACAUUUAUUAAGCUGACGUGCGUCCACUGCAAAUUGAAGUGUGUCACCUUCAAGGAAUAUCAAAUGCAUCUGUACGAUCAUUCACACAAGAAGAGAAUGCGACAGCUUGCGAUCAAGUGUCGCGAGCGCCUGCUCGAAAUGCGUGCCGCGCAACGUAACGCCCAGAAGGACGAAGACGAAAAGUCCGAGGAGGCUGCUGGUGGCGAGGAUGGUAAGCAAACGCAGCGAGCGGCGUUCUGUAUGCUGUGUCGCUUAAAUUACCGUCAGCCAAGGGCCAUCCAUCAGCAGUCUGAAGGGCAUAAACAGAUGAAGAAAUUCCUGAUGCCCUUCUGUAGCGUUUGCAACAUCGGCUUCAAGAGCCCGAUGGCGUACGAAACUCACCGUGCGUCGCUAGAUCAUCUGAAGAUAAAGGCCCGUGUCGAGCGGUACGCCUCCUCGACGAAGGGUGACGAUUCUGGAGAGGACACGCCAGCCGAUGCAGGUGAUCUGGUCGACAUGGACAAUCUGACCAUCGUCGAUGAGGUCGGUAAGGUGGAUGAGAUUUGUGAAUCGGCCGUUGGUGGUGAUGGGUCCUUCAAGAAGCGUACCUAUUGGGAUGGUGCGCGUGCAGGCACCGAAGACGAUGAUGAUGAGGACGACGAUGAUGAUGACGAUGACGACGAAACGCAGAUGAUCAUUGGUGAGGAGCACGUAAAGAAGGUACAGGUGCAAUACUGCGAUCUGUGUAAUAUGUACCUGCCGCGGCGAUCGGACAUCCAAGAGAAGAUGCUGCGCGAUCACUGCAAGAAACGAUCCCACCUGAAGUUGUACAUUCGUUUCCGAAACGACAAGAAGCUGCGCGAGCAGGCAGAGCGCAUCCACAAGAAAAAGCUCAAGGGAGACAAGGAAGCGGCUAGUGGAAAGAAGGGGGAUGACAAGAAGACCACCGAUGCAGGUAAUUCCACCGGAGGAUCUGCCGAAACUAAGACAUCAGAUGUUCCCGGCGGAGGCUCAACGAAAUCCGGAACUGGCGGCGAAGCUGGCAAUACGGAGAAAAAAUUUGACGGCUCCACAGGGGCAGAAUCUAAAUCAUCUACCGGUGCCAAUUCCGCUGGUGCCGGCACUGCAUUGCACGAUGCCGACUCUUCCGAGGCAAAUUUAUCGCUGGAUGGAAGCUCCAAUUUGGCCUCAAUCAGCGGCCCUGAUGGUUCCGGAGCACUGACAGAUGACGUCGAUAAGCUGAUGUGGCAGGUAGUGGACAACGACGAUCUGGGAGAUCUGCUUCGUGACGUGCAGGACGAUGUCGAAGAGGAGGACGACGACAAGACAAACCUAGAGCGCUAUGACAAGUUCCGACACACGGAAAAAAACGGACUUGAACAGAGAUCUGACGCGGCUGGUGGUGAUGGCGGCGAGGAAGAUUGCGGCACCGGCAAAACCACCUCAAGUCAGGGGAAGAAAGCAACAUCCGCAAAUGGUGGCGAAACCGCUGCAAAUGGUGACACGGGAAAGGAAACGAAAUCGGUUGUAGGCUAGACAAGACCGACCCGAAAUGUUCUUUCCCAGAUAUUUGUCAUGUAAGGACCACGCGUGUGUUUGUGUGUAUGGUAGAGCAGAAGAUUGAGCCGCAUUGUUCCACAACUAGGAUGUAACGAAGCAUUAGACGUUCGGAUUUGUUUUAGCGUAUGAUUAUUCUUGAGCACCAUAUGAUUUGACUUCAGAUCGUCCCACAAUGUCCACGAUGUCCAAACAAAGAAUAUUAAUUGCACCCCAGUAUAUUAAUGCAACAGCAGGACGCUUUAUCUAAGUAAGGGCUGAUCGGAAAUGGCCAUGGACGUAACAUUUAUUUAAUGAGUUUUUUUUCCCGACGGCUGAUGCAUUUGAUCAAUUUUUCAAAUCAAUUAUAAUUGAAGAGAGACAACAGCUAUUAACAAAUUAAUGUUCAGAAAUGUUCAGCGAGAAUCUAAUUCUGUUCAGCGAGAAAUUAAUGUCCAGAAAUGUUCAGCGAGAGAACACCAUAACUAGCAGGGUACGGACUCCGAAAAGAUGUAGAUGGCAAUGCAAAAGGUAUUCAAAGGGAAAUUAUUCAUUUUCAUUGAAUAUGAUUACCAACAACUACACGUUUAUUUUACGGAAUUGUUGAAGAAUUAUUACUUGCAGUGGUUUGAAGUAGAACUACAUCAUAUUAACUGACUCAAAUAUACUGAAAAAUA